UCCAUCUGCCAAUAGAAGAAACCUAGGGUUUCGGCAUUUAUAUAUUACCCUUCUCUAACAGCAGAAAGCCUUUAGGGUUUUGGAAGAACGAUCGCGGAGAGGCUCCCAAUCAGCUCUUCAACUCUCCAGGAAAAAUGGUCUUUGUGAAAGCCCAGAAAUCGAAGGCUUAUUUCAAGCGUUUUCAAGUGAAGUUCAAGAGAAGGAGAGAGGGAAAGACUGACUACCGAGCGAGGAUUCGGCUAAUUAAUCAAGACAAGAACAAAUACAAUACGCCCAAGUACCGCUUCGUUGUUCGAUUUACCAACAAGGAUAUUAUUGCGCAAAUAACAUCUGCUAGUAUUGCUGGGGAUAUGGUUCUUGCAGCAGCCUAUGCACAUGAGCUGCCACGGUAUGGGCUUGAAGUGGGUCUUACCAACUAUGCUGCAGCUUACUGUACUGGACUGCUCUUGGCUCGGCGUGUCUUAAAAAUGCUCGAGAUGGAUGAUGAAUAUGAAGGCAACGUGGAGGCCACCGGUGAGGACUUUUCUGUGGAGCCAACAGAGAGCAGGAGGCCAUUCCGCGCACUCCUUGAUGUUGGUCUGAUUAAAACAACGACCGGCAAUCGUGUCUUUGGUGCUCUUAAGGGUGCCUUAGAUGGUGGACUUGACAUUCCUCAUAGUGACAAGAGGUUUGCUGGUUUCAAAAAGGAGGACAAACAACUUGAUCCUGAGGUUCACCGAAAGUAUAUCUUCAGUGGUCAUGUUGCUUCUUACAUGAGGACGUUGAUGGAGGAUGAGCCAGAGAAAUACCAGUUGCAUUUCAGUGAGUACAUCAAGAAGGGAAUUGAGCCUGAUGGCAUUGAAGAGCUAUACAAGAAGGUCCACGCUGCCAUCCGGGCUGACCCCACUCCAUUGAAAACAGAGAAAGCACCUCCAAAGGAGCAUAAGAGGUAUAAUUUGAAGAAGCUGACCUACGAGGAGAGGAAGGCUAAGCUGAUUGAGCGAUUGAAUGCGCUCAAUUCAGCUGGAGGAGAUGAUGAGGAUGAUGACGAGUGAAAGUGCAAAAGGAGAAUGAGAAUGGAGUUUUUGGUACUUGCUCUGUACAUCUAUAUCUCCCCUCUUGCUUUUUCAGUUGCUGUCGAAACCUCAUUUUUGCAUUUGCAGGUGUGUUUAUUUUUUCUUUCCAGUGAUGACCAAAAUAGAACCCAUUUCAAUUUUGAUUCUAGGUGAUAAAGGCAUGGUUUAUUAGGACA